AUGGGGGGGGAAGCGCUGCAGCGCUUCUGUGGCGGUCUUCGCGGUUGUGGUGACUCCUUUAUUGAUAUUUGCGCGACCGGAUCGGGCACUGGCUUUACCAACAGCUUGGAAGUUGAUGGUGCGGAAGAAAGGCUUUGGAAGCCUUUAUCGAGACAACGGGAGAGAAAAGACACAAGAAGGUGA